AUGCGCAUCAGCAAAUCCGCUGCGGGAUGUCCGAGUUGUUCACGGAUUUUCUACCCAACGUUCUCUCCUGUAGCCAUAACACUGGUCUCGGAUCCAACAGAUUCGUACGCCCUUCUCAUUCGACACAAAGCCUCACCGGCUAGUCUUUAUACGGCGAUUGCUGGAUUCGCUCAGAUCGAUGCUUGUCCCGGAGAAUUGGAAUCAGCACGAUGGUUCUCAAGAGAGGAAGUUGCUGCUGCUCUUCAGCGGACCCUUAAUGACCCGUUCUUAAAGGUACGUACAACCGACCGGUGUCUUAGCUAG